CGAAUAGUAAUAGACAUAUGCGCGCGGGCGCGCGUGUGUAAACACAUCAUGGCUACAGUGGAUCAAAAUGCUCUUAAUGAAGCUCUGAAAGAUCUCAUUGCUUUUUGUAGAACAUCGCUGGAUCAUGUAGAGAAAGACAUCGCGCAGGGUAUACAAAAAGCUGAUUUAACUUCCUACUGGUGCAGCUUUGCCAGUGGUACUUUGCUUGAUAUUGCUAAUCGGAAAAUUCGCCCUUUAUUUGGCCUGAUGUCAGCUGGGGCCAAGUUCUUAAACAGUCUGGGUGUGAAGAACAUUAAAGAAGCAGAAAGUAUAUGGGAAGAUUUUUUUCAGAUAACUGAGGUCCGAGAUAAUGUUGAAAGCUUACUGCAGCUGGAAGUGGAGUGGGACACCUUUUUAAAACGUCUGGACGAUCAGAUGAAAAUGAGCGACACAGUUCUUUCACAGUGUCCUGCAGCCCAGAUGCUAAGCUCAGAUACACAGCUCAUAAAUGUUCAAACUAAAGAGAAUGUGACACUGGGUCAGUACUUGGGGAAGGGAGAGAAUAUUCUCCUUGUGCUGCUUCGACAUUUCGGGUGACAGCCAUGACGAGACCACUUGACUGAGCUGACGAACAGCAAGGAUCUCCUAGAAGCUCAGUCAGUCCGCGUGCUGGUGGUCUCGUAUGGUUCUCUGGAAGGGGCAACUUUCUGGCUUGAUCAGACAGGCAUUGAAUUUGACAUGUUGUUUGAUGCAGAAAGAGUGGUUUACCAAGCAUUGGGCCUGGGUUCAUCGUUUGCAAAGGUGAUGAAGUUUAGGUCAGUGCUUCACUACUCUGAAUUUCUGGUGAUGAACAGAAAGUUCCCUGACGUGCCACCACAGUUCCUCAACGAUCUGUUUCAGAUGGGUGGUGAUUUUGUGCUGGAUGAAGAUGGUAAAGUAAUAUUUUCUUACCGGUGUAAAAACCCUGCGGACAGACCAGCAGCUGCACAGAUUCUGGCCGCCGUGUCCGCUCAUGCAGGUUUUUGUUAACUCCUGCAGACGCUGAAGAAAGAUUAACUACCCAGAGACACAGCUCUACCAGAGGUUGUAUGGAUGAAGAUAUGACUUUAACUCAUAGACUUAUGAAGAGUCGGCUCUGAUGGACAUUUACAGCCUCUGGUCAUCACAGCUUCACAUCCCUUAAGUCAACACAGACCAAACAUUAACCAGAGUCAUGAUUAUAUCAAAUGAGAUUUAUUAACUGCUUUUAUUUGACAGAUUUACAAUUUUACAUGAAUUAAAUCAAUGUAUGAAUGAAGUUGUUUAACUACUGUAAAAUCUAGAUAAUAUGAAGGUUUGUAAAUGGAAUGUAAAUGUUUAGAAAAAGAUAUGAUUUUUGUUAGAAUUUUUGAAUUGAAGUCCGUGUUGAAUAAAAGGCUGGAUUUUAACCAGACUAAAGACUGAACAAAUAUUUUUUAACAACCUUUCAGCACAGAUCACUUUAAACCUGGUUCAAUAGUUAGUAACAGACACUUCAGAGGGCUGAAAAGACAAAGUAUAAUUCUUCAAAUUUUCAGAAGAACAUCAAAACACAUUUUCAUUUCAGUUUUGAGAAACGUCUACAUCAGCAAUAAUGCAACCGUUAAGGAUUAGACAAGUAGUUCUGUAUGUUGUAAACUUUUCUGUUAUUACUAAUAACAAUAAUUUCAAGUCACUUUAUCUCUUUUCCCGCCAGUGUUAUUUAAAAAAAGUUGCCACCCAGCUCCUGCAUUUUUUAUGAUUU